AUGGAAUCCAAACUGCAAGUGGAAGGGACCGAAGCCUCAGUCCCAGAGGGUCCUGUUGUCAGGGACAUCUGUGAGAGCGAAUAUCCAAGUGGGCCUGCCUCUCUGGGAGUCAUCAACUCACUGCACGUCAAGCCCCCGAAUGAGGACAACCUGGGGGCCAGCAAUAGUGACAGCUUGUCGUUUUCCAAUUUCACUGGCUCCAAGGAUGACAGCGGGACCUGCCAGUGCUCCGUUAUCCUGCCGGACACCACCUUUCCUGUAGAGAGAGUGGAACGCUUGGAAUACACAGCUAACAUUCUCUCCGGGAAGUUCAAGACAGAGCUUUCUAAAGUGAAGGAGUAUGUCCAUUUAAUCAGUGUGUAUGAAGAGAAACUCAUAAACCUAACUGUCCGAGUAGAGAUCAUGGAAAAGGAUACCAUUUCUUACACUGAACUGGACUUCGAGCUGAUCAAGAUAGAAGUGAAGGAGAUGCAGAAACUGAUCAUACGGUUGAAGGAGAGUUUUGUUGGAAGCUCAGAAAUUGUUAACCAGCUGGAAGUGGAGAUAAGGAAUUUGACUCUUGUGGUAGAGAAACUGGAGACGCUAGACAAAAACAAUGUCCUUGCCAUUCGCCGAGAAAUCGUGGCUCUGAAGUCCAGGCUAAAAGAAUGUGAAGCCUCUAAAGAAAAUGUUCCUGCCACCGUCCCUCCUCCUGCUCCUGGGAGCUGUAGUCAUGGUGGUGUGGUGAACAUCAGCAGACCGGCCAUAGUUCAGCUCAACUGGAGAGGGUUCUCCUACAAGUAUGGUGCCUGGGGUCGGGAUUACUCUCCUGAAAAUCCAGAGAAAGGGCUGUAUUGGGUGGCACCUUUGAAUACAGAUGGGAAACUCUUGGAAUAUUACAGACUGUACAACACACUAGAAGAUUUGCUAUUGUACACAAAUGCCCGAGAGUAUCGGAUUGCAUAUGGCCAAGGCGGUGGUACAGCAGUUUACAAAAACAACAUGUAUGUCAACUGGUACAACACUGGGAACAUUGCCAAAGUUAACCUGACCACCAACAAGGUUGCUGUGACUCAAACUCUCCCGGAUGCUGCCUAUAAUAACCGCUUUUCAUAUGCUAAUGUUAAUUGGCAAGACAUUGACUUGGCUGUGGAUGAAAAUGGAUUGUGGGUGAUUUAUGCAACUGAAGCCAGCACUGGUAACAUGGUGAUUAGUAAACUCAAUGAGACCUCACUUGUGGUGCUAAACACUUGGCACACCAAGCAGUAUAAACCAUCUGUUUCUAAUGCCUUCAUGGUAUGUGGGGUUCUGUACGCUACUCGUACUGUGAACACCAAAACAGAAGAGAUUUUCUACUACUAUGACACACACACAGGGAAAGAGGGCACACUAGACAUUACAAUGCAUAAGAUGCAAGAAAAAGUGCAAAGCAUUAACUAUCACCCUUUUGACCAGAAACUUUUUGUCUAUAAUGAUGGUUACCUUCUGAAUUAUGAUGUUUUCUUCAAAUAGGAAUCCCAGCAAGAUGUUUAGGUGUUAGGGUGAGAGCUAAAUAAAAUGUUUAUUGAAAAAAUGGUCUUCUCCACUUAUUUAGAUAUCUGCAGGGGGAUCCAGGAGUAUAUUUGCUUAGUAGUAAUAUUUGGGUGCAUAGCUCUACCACACUAGAGACUUAGGAUAUUUGCCCUGAUUUGAUGAGUUCUCUUGGAAGCCAUCUGCCUCCAAGGAUGCAUUUCCCUUCUGAAAUAAGGUCCUUCCAGGGGAGUGAGAUUAUCAGAGGUCUAGGGGCUUUAUGAGUCCAAGGAAGCCAUCAGUGAAGUGACAUUUGGAAAUUAAGGAACUUAAAGAGAACUCUGUAUGGCUUCUGGGGAUUCUUUGUAUGGGAGAGAGGGCUUAAUGGCCAGUUCUCCUCCAUGUAGCCCUGCUAAUUCUUCCAUACCUGAAAGAAACCUGGGGCUUAAUCAGGCAGGUUAAUAUCUGAAGCUCCAUGAGGGAACAAAUCGCCAAUUCUGUUUUUC